AUGCUGGCCAUUGACACCAUUCCUGUGCUGGGGUUCCGAGACAUCAAUCUUUCUAAUAUCAUGGACCCUGAAUUGCCCCCAGCCACUAAUCCCCGGACUAUGCUCCGUCCAGAGGACGCCUCUCGAUUGGGACGACCUUCUCGCCUUGAAGAUUCCGACAGAGCUCGCGCUGCGAGUGAGAACAGGCUGAAUAUUGAAAGAGGAGGCAGCGCCCUAGGUGCGGAGGAUUCAUCUCCCCUGCGGGAGGAAAAUACAGUGGCACAAAAUAAUAUCGGCCGCGAGCCAGCCCUCUUGUCUCUUGAAGAUACAACUGAACUGUUUCGGAGAAAGGUCGCCGAUGCAAGACAGGACACUGAACAUGCGCUGGCUGGAAGCGAAGCCGUCAGCGACGCAGUCAAGCCGAAACUCACAUUGGACCUGGGUCAUUCUAACAUCGCAAGAUUACCUGAAAGUGUGGUGGACCUGAUCAAGGCCGAGGUCGAAAGGCUGUCUUUGUCCCACAAUCAGAUCUGGCAUAUCCCGCUUCGGUUCUCGGAAUGCUCACAUUUACGAUACCUCAAUAUUCGAUCCAAUGUGUUCCGCGAGAUCCCACGAGGUGUGUACAAGCUAGGUCAGCUGGAAAUCUUGGAUAUCAGUCGAAACAAGGUUCGAAAAAUCUCGAGCGACAUCAAAAAUUUGAAAUCCCUGCGUGUCUUCUCGGUCGUGCAUAAUCGGGUGGAAGAUCUGCCCGUUGAGCUGUGUGAAAUGACCAAGUUGCAGAUAUUGAAGAUCGCAGAAAAUCCACUGCGGUUCAAGUUGAAGAAGAUUGUGGAGGCCAAAGAAUCUGAAGUCUCAUUCUCAGAAAUGACAGACCACGAACGAGAGACGGCAAUCACCCUUGAGAUCAAGCGAUAUCUGAGAGAGAUACAUCCUGUCGUCACCCCCAUUGAUGUUGAAGCGUCUCUUCAGGUUGACGAGAGCCCGAUGGAGAUGACACCGAAACCUCUCAAACGUUCCUUGAGCAGCAGGUUCCCUGUCAUACCCAGCACCAAUAGCACUGACUCCGGGUCAGAGGCCAAUAAAUCAUCACCAAUCCAGACUCUCGCAAAUCCACCCCCUGUACCGACUCGCUCACACUAUCGAAUGACUUCCAAUACGCAGCCGAUUGCGCUUCGACGGCCAGGUAUUGCCCCACUGAUUAGCCAGAGUAACGAGAGAAACCGGAGCAACAGCGAAAGUGUCCUGCAAGCCUCGGCUGCUGCUCGGCAAAAGAGGAUGGGCAUGCUACGAAAAGAAAAGCCUGACUUGGACAGUAUAGACGAGCUCAGGGUGAACCGGAACAGCCAUCUCCGAGGCUUUAGCCACGGCUCGGUUUUGAAACGUAAUGGUGCGCUGUCUUCCCCUGGCGGGAAUAGCUCUUCAAGCCCUAGCAGUCCACGCGACCCCAGAAGGCACAGGCUCGCCUUUGUGAAACGGUUGUCGAGCCUUCCGGAGCACAAAGUCGAGACCGAAUGGAACAAUCCCGUCAUCGAAGGUGCCAAAGGGAUUUUAUAUGCCCUGUACCAGAUCCACCCACAAAUAUCCGGUCUUAUCGCUGCGAUCAGAGGAAAGGACGUGCGCAGGAGCACACUAGAAUUCACCUUUUUCAAUGCGUCCACUCAUGUCGACCGGCUCAAUUUAGCACUGGAAGAAGCGGACGCUGUCGAUCCCGGAGACACAGACGCGGUUGAGAAGGUCGAGGAUAGCGUUCGAAGGGACUGUGCAACCUGCAUUAUGGCCUACACGCACGUAACUGCACAGCUGCAAGAUAACGUCAAAAAGAUUGUCGCUGGGUCUGAUGCCCGUUAUGUGCGGACAUUGAUGCUCCUGCUCUACGGAAGUAUGAUUGAAGUCAGAAAUGCAAUUCAAAGCUUUGGGGCGGAUGUGAGAGUUGCACAGGGUCUGGGUCAUAGAAGACAGAUGUCCAGUGGAAACGCACAUCCUAUCCAGACCAUCCCGGAGGAGUUCAGCACUCCUUUGCAGCCAGUCCGAGCAACCACACCCACCCGAGACAGAAAUCUUGCUUCCAGGCAAGCUGGGAGAUUGCGCAGUGACACGGCCAUUCAGCAUCCAGUUGCCGAGAACGUCCCAGCAUAUCAACCGAAUCCUGUACCACCUGCAGGUUCGGCUGCCCUCCCGACUCCGAUUCACUUGACCGGUACCACUCUGAAUGGUGGGACUCUCACUGGCACGUCUUCUACCUUCUCAAAUAGUGGCACUCUCACCUCCGCUUCCAGUUCUGGGUUGAGAUCACGGUCAGGGUCACGCACUGCUAUGACGAUGAAUGGCUUCACAUCCUCGUCGGUAGCUAGUACGCCCCGGUCCGGUGAAGUCUUCAGCCUCCCACCCUCGAAUACCUUUGCUGCUCGAGUCAAUCCCGCCACGGGUCUCACCGAUGCUCAAGAGGAAGCCGUGUUCGAGCAGAUUUUCCUCGCCCUGACAAGAGCCUAUGAUGCUGCUCUGCACACCAUUCCGAUUGCCAAGGCACAAUUUCUGCGAUGUCUUGAAGCGGCGGAAGAAAACCGACAGCCAAAGGCGGUGCACGAUCUAUGGUCGACCCUGGUCUAUCGGUGCAAAUUGUGUAUCGACAUCAGCGAAGCCCUCCAAAUUCGACUCGUCAACAUGCGGGUUCAAGAUCCUAGCGUCCAUAUCGUCGCAGCAGGAAGCGGUCGAAAUGACCCCUCAUUGUGGCUCCUUUGCAAGAACUUCUUGAUGAGUUUCAUUGAGCUUCUGACGGAGAUGCGGAUCGCCAAGUCUCAAAGGUUGUUAUCACAGGAGAUCAUCACGAUGUUGAGACCUGUCCAGAAAGCGAGUCGUGAGGCAGGGAGAUUGAUAGAGACGAGUCCCUGGCGGUACUUGACGGAUAGUGCUGCGGCUGCAAUGCCGCCGCCGAGCGUUUUCGGUGCCAACGCAAGCCAGCCGCCUGGCGCUGUGGUCAAUGGCAAUGGAUACCCCAGCAGCGUGCAUGCAACAAUUACCAACGGUAGCAUUGCCUCGCCUUACCCACCGAGCACCGUGUCAUCCCAAAUCUCGAACUAUCCGCUGCAAAGCCCAUUCCCUCCUCCCCUCAUUCCCGUCCCACCGAUUCCUGGCCCCUCCUCAACAAGCACGCAAAGCACAACAACGAGACAAAUGGUCAGCGGCAGCAUGCCUCCAAUCUCCUCAAUGACAAUCAACUCUGCAGGAUCUGUGACUACAGCAACAAAUGGCAUAAGCCCCGUCUCGGUCCCGCUUCCGGCAACACCGCUCUCGGCAGCCCUCGGGCCGGCAGCCCAGGCAACGGUACCAAACAAUCCCAAUUCGAAUGCAACCUCGAAUCCUCUUGCAACACCAACGAGUUCGUCUGCAUUACCGACGCAUGUGGCGCCCGUGCCGAGCACACCGGCGAGCGCGUACGGAGAUUCUUUUUUCCGAGGCGAUGUGUUUCAGAGGGCGGACAGCCUCCUGAAUAUGCAACAGAUUGGUGGCGUGAACUUUCUGAACCGGCGGUAA